AUGAGUGACGAAAGAAGAGUUGGUAUUCAUGUGAGUUCCGAUGCACCUGAUGAAAGAGAUGGUGUUGAAAGUCACAAUGAUGAUGGAGAGGAUAAUAUGGGAGAAGACUCGGUGAAUCUCACAGGGAGGAAGAAAAAGUUAUUUGAAUUGAGGUUAAAAAUGAACGAGGCAAGAAAAGCGAAUCAAUCUGCAAUGGUAGCAGAGAAGAAAAAAACAGAAGCAGAGUCUAGCAGGGGAAUGCCCAAGCAAAAAUGGAUUGAAGAGAGGGGGUUAGAUAUGAGCAAGGCAUAUAUGCUAGAUACACAAGAUUCUGCAGAGGCAAAGUAUAACAAGUGGGAGAAGGAGCCUGGUUUGGAUGUUUUUAAUAAGAAGACGCUAUAUGAUGCAUACAAGAAGCGGACAAAGAAUGUUGCUGUUGAUGUAGAUGAGUACAAUAGAAUGACGGAAGCUGACCGAGAAGCUUCUAGUCUCCAGUAUGGAAAGGCACCAAAAUUAUCAGAUGACAAGAUAGAGAGGAUGGUGAAGGAGCUCAAGGACAGGGACAAGAAGCACCAAUCAUUUAGUCGGAGGAGAAAGUUCCAUGAAGAGAAAGACAUUGACUCUAUUAAUGAUCGUAACGAGCACUUCAAUAAAAAGAUUGAGCGUGCCUUUGGAAAAUAUACCUUGGAGAUCAAGAAUAACCUUGAGAGAGGAAAUGCUUUGCCUGAUUGA